AUGCCCUAUUUGCUACUCCUCAUUGAUUCGCAGUUCCCGGUACCACUGCAAUUUCGGGGUGACCCAAGCACAAAGGCCGGCGGUCUGAUUCCUUGCACAAACCUUGCGAUGGAGACUGACUGCAUCGGAGCCACUUCCGCAGUGAGAAUACCUUGGGCGGGGCGCAGGAGGAAAUGCAGAGCAACAUGCCUUCGAGGCUUCGAUCAAUUGGUACGGCUGGAAUGGCUCGUGAUACGGGUACUGGUGGGCCUGCACGGCUACUCCGAUAUAUCUACUUAUGAACGUUUCAAAGCUACUAAGAUUGAAGACACGCUCUGGUCAGUGGGCCCCCGAAAUUCCCCACGGGCUACGGUCGUCCGGCCCGGCAGCUCUUCAACGGUCACCGACCCUAGCGAAUGA